AUGCUUUCCCCCUCCCUCCGCCCUGCGUCCCCCCUCCCUCCGCCCUGCUUCCCCCCUCUUUCUGCCAUGCUUCUGCCCUCCCUCUGCCAUGCUUCCCCCCUCCCUCUGCCAUGCUUCCCCCCUCCUUCUGUCAUGCUUCCUUCAUCAUCCCUCAGGCCUGCUUCCCCCCUCCCUCCGCCCUGCUUCACUUCUCCUUCUGCCAUGCUUCCCCCCUCCCUCUGCCCUGCUUUCCCCCUCCCUCCGCCCUGCGUCCCCCCUGCCUCCGCCCUGCUUCCCCCAUCCCUAUGCCCUGCUUCCCCACUCCCUCUGCCAUGCUUCUCCACUCCCUCCGCCCUGCUUCCCCCCUCCUUCUCCCACGCUUCCCUCAUCCGUCUGGCCUGCUUCCCCCCUCCCUCCGCCCUGCUUCCGCCCUCCUUCUGCCAUGCUUCCCCCCUCCUUCCGCCCCGCUUCCCCCCUCCCUAUGCCCUGCCUCCCCACUCCUUCUGCCAUGCUUCCCCCACCCUCCGCCCUGCUUUCCCCCUCCCUAUGCCCUGCUUCCUCACUCCUUCUGCCAUGCUUCCCCCCUCCCUCUGCCCUGCUUUCCCCCUCCCUCCGCCCUGCGUCCCCCCUCCCUCCGCCCUGCUUCCCCCCUCCUUUUGCCAUGCUUUCCCCCUCCCUCUGCCAUGCUUCCCCCCUCCCUCUGCCAUGCUUCCCCCCUCGUUCUGUCAUGCUUCCCUCAUCCCUCUUGCCUGCUUCCCCCCUCCCUCCGCCAUGCUUCCGCCCUCCUUCUGCCAUGCUUCCCCCCUCCUUCCGCCCCACUUCCCCCCUCCCUAUGCCCUGCUUCCCCACUCCUUCUGCCAUGCUUCCCCCACCCUUCGCCCUGCUUCCCCCAACCCUAUGCCCUACUUCCCCACUCCUUCUACCAUGCUUCCCCCCUCCCUCUGCCAUGCUUCCCCCCUCCUUCUGCCAUGCUUCCCCCCUCCUUCUGCCAUGCUUCCCCCCUCCCUCUGCCAUGCUUCCCCCCUCCCUCUGCCAUGCUUCUCCCCUCCUUCUGUCAUGCUUCUCUCAUCCCUCUGGCCUGCUUCCCCCCUCCCUCCGCCCUGCUUCCGCCCUCCUUCUGCCAUGCUUCCCCCCUCCUUCUGCCCCGCUUCCCCCCUCCCUAUGCCCUGCUUCCCCACUCCUUCUGCCAUGCUUCCCCCCUCCCUCCCCCAUGCUUCCCCCCUCCCUCUGCCAUGCUUCCCCCCUCGUUCUGUCAUGCUUCCCUCAUCCCUCUUGCCUGCUUCCCCCCUCCCUCCGCCAUGCUUCCGCCCUCCUUCUGCCAUGCUUCCCCCCUCCUUCCGCCCCACUUCCCCCCUCCCUAUGCCCUGCUUCCCCACUCCUUCUGCCAUGCUUCCCCCACCCUUCGCCCUGCUUCCCCCAACCCUAUGCCCUACUUCCCCACUCCUUCUACCAUGCUUCCCCCCUCCCUCUGCCAUGCUUCCCCCCUCCUUCUGCCAUGCUUCCCCCCUCCUUCUGCCAUGCUUCCCCCCUCCCUCUGCCAUGCUUCCCCCCUCCCUCUGCCAUGCUUCCCCCCUCCUUCUGUCAUGCUUCCCUCAUCCCUCUUGCCUGCUUCCCCCCUCCCUCCGCCAUGCUUCCGCCCUCCUUCUGCCAUGCUUCCCCCCUCCUUCCGCCCCGCUUCCCCCCUCCCUAUGCGCUGCUUCCCCACUCCUGCCCCGCUUCCCCCAUCCCCAUGUGCCUCUCCUCUCCCUCUCGAUGUACCUUUCCACCCAUCGCUCAUCCCUUUGUUUCCACUUCAAGCAUGACCAGUUCGGGCUCAGAGCAGGGCUGACAGAUCCUCGCAGCCUACUCGAGCAGCGGCGCAUGAUGCGUCUGAGGAGGGGAGGGGAGGGCAUUAACGGGUACUGUAUGAUCACGCUGAGAAAGGAGGGGAAGCAAGUGCGGAAAGGAGGGGAAGCAUGGGCGGAAAGGAGGGGAAGCAGGGGCGGAAAGGAGGGGAAGCAGGAGCAGAAAGGAGGGGAGGCAGGGGCGGAAAGGAGGGGAAGCAGGGGCGGAAAGGAGGGGAAGCAGGGGCGGAAAGGAGGGGAAGCAGGGGCGGAAAGGAGCAUGUGCUGCGUGUCGCCAUCAGUGCGAGCUGCUCGUCGCCCGGGCUCCACCGCUGAUAGUCGUGCAGUCACGCGGGCUGCUCAUCACCUGGUGCGCGCGCUGCGCGUCGCCUGCAACGUGAGCUGCUACUAG